CUGAUCUCCUGUACUUCUCUUCCUUAUUUUUCUUUAAACUGCUCUCACAGACUCUUAGAUUUCUUGAGCUGAGUGUGGAUCUGAAGCAGCCAUGGCUGGCGGAGGUAUCGUCAGUGGGGGUGGCGGUGGCGAUUUCGAAGCCAAGAUCACUCCGCUCGUCAUUAUUUCAUGCAUCAUGGCCGCCACCGGAGGCCUUAUGUUUGGAUACGACGUCGGCGUGUCAGGUGGAGUGACGUCGAUGAAGCCAUUCCUGAAGAAAUUCUUUCCGGUAGUAUACAAACGGACGGUGGAGGAGGAAGGGCUGGACAGUAAUUACUGCAAGUACGACAACCAAGGGUUGCAAUUGUUCACGUCGUCUCUGUACCUGGCGGGUUUGACAGCGACCUUCUUUGCUUCCUACACGACCAGAAAGUUGGGAAGGAGGCUAACCAUGUUGAUUGCCGGCCUCUUCUUCAUCGUCGGAACCGUCUUCAAUGCCGCCGCUCAAAACCUUGCCAUGCUCAUCGUCGGCAGACUCCUACUCGGUUGCGGCGUUGGUUUCGCUAACCAGGCUGUUCCGGUUUUCCUCUCGGAGAUCGCACCGACGAGAAUACGUGGAGGAUUGAAUAUCCUGUUCCAGCUCAAUGUCACCAUCGGCAUUCUCUUCGCUAGCCUUGUCAACUACGGCACCAACAAAAUCAAAGGCGGAUGGGGUUGGAGGCUAUCUCUGGGGCUGGCUGGCAUCCCGGCCGGACUCCUAACCGUAGGAGCUCUCUUGGUGGUCGACACUCCGAACAGUCUCAUCGAGCGAGGUCGAUUGGAUGAAGGCAAAGCCGUGCUUAAAAAGAUAAGGGGCACCGACAACGUCGAACCUGAGUUCUUAGAACUGGUCGAGGCGAGCCGUAUUGCCCAGGAGGUGAAGCACCCUUUCAGGAAUCUUCUCAAGCGCCGCAAUCGUCCCCAGCUGGUCAUUGCCAUCGCCUUGCAGAUCUUCCAGCAAUUCACCGGUAUAAACGCCAUCAUGUUCUACGCCCCAGUGCUGUUCAACACAUUGGGAUUUAAAAACGAUGCUUCCCUCUACUCUGCCGCGAUCACUGGGGCUGUUAACGUCCUCUCCACUAUUGUUUCCAUCUACUCGGUGGACAAAGUUGGGCGUCGCAUGCUCCUCCUGGAAGCCGGUGUCCAGAUGUUCUUGUCCCAGGUGGUGAUUUCUAUUAUCCUAGGAAUCAAAGUGAAGGACCACUCGGAUGACCUCUCGAAAGGGUUUGCGAUCCUUGUCGUUGUUAUGGUGUGCACUUUUGUGUCUUCCUUCGCUUGGUCCUGGGGGCCUCUUGGGUGGCUCAUCCCCAGCGAGACGUUCCCACUGGAGACCCGAUCGGCGGGGCAGAGUGUGACUGUUUGUGUCAACUUGCUCUUCACCUUCGUCAUCGCGCAGGCGUUCCUCUCCAUGCUGUGUCACUUCAAGUUCGGGAUCUUCCUGUUCUUCUCUGGUUGGGUCUUGAUCAUGUCCUGCUUCGUCCUCUUCUUGCUCCCGGAGACCAAGAACAUCCCGAUUGAAGAAAUGACAGAGAGAGUGUGGAAGCAGCACUGGUUCUGGAAGAGGUUCAUGGAAGAUGAUUAUGGUGAUGUCGUGGAUGGUAAAGCAGCCAAUGGUAAAAAUGGGCGAGUUAAUGGAUUUAAUCCCUCUUCCCAAUUGUAAAUAAGAAUAUCGCCAUAAAAUUGGGUUUGCCAUACCAGUAAUUCAGGCUCCCCCUCCCCCUCCCCCUCCCCCUCUCCCUCCAUCCCUCCCUCUGAAUAUAGUAAAUGCCCGAACAUAGUAUCAUCACGCGCAUGAAUUAACCAUCUUUCCCAAAGCAGUUAAUAUAUUUCAGAAUUUUGUGACCCCCUUGGGUUUCCCUUCUUCUUCUUUUCUUCUUUGUAUUAUGAGAGAUGAUGUUAUUCAAAUCAGAUAUUUCAAUUUUUCUCAUGGUUGAAA